AUGGGGUUUAGAGAAACUCAGGAACUUCACACUCAAGAGGUAGAAAGGGCUUAUUGUGCAGCCUUGGAAGCAUUACAAGCCUGGAAACAGCAGUCCUUAGAUGGCAUAGAAACCCGCUAUUCACAGUGGAGAGUGGAGUGUAGCGCUAUACUCAAACAUUUCCAGCUAAAGGCUCAGAAAAUAGAGAGGAUGGUACAGGCUUCCAAGGAUUUAGUAGCGUCAAUGGACGUCGAGUUUUUACAAGUUUCCACGGACUUCAUCAAAACAACUGAUGACCAGCUGAAUGAAAUAAGAGUAGAUCUGGAGAAACAUGAGGUCAGCAGAAAGAAGCUUCUAGAUUCUAUACAACAUGACCAAGUUGUUCCUAGACAGGUGACUGUAAAAGAGACAGUGCAAGAACGUCAGGACUUAGAAGCAGCAGUCGGUGGACAAAUGUCACCCUUACAUGUUACAAAGCCGACGCUGAUAUUCACAGAGACAGACAACAGAAAGCUGAGAAUCACUGACAGCGGUUCAUUGGUAAAGGCUGAGGACUUGUCCUGGGGGUGGUGGAGAGCUGUGACAGACGGGCGUUACCAGACGGGCAGGUACUACUGGGAGGUACACAUCACCCGUUCACCUGGCUGUGGCUGUUGUGUAGGAGUGACACAGGAGAGCUGUGGUGUGAGGGGGAGGAUAGACCCUGGCCGUAACUUCUGGUACAUUGGGAUGGAGUACCGUGGUGAUGAGGUCCGGUGUUAUAGUCACCAUGGAGGUGAGAUGAAACCUGACUAUCUACAGUACAGACGUUACACACGACCUCAUCACCUGGGUGUGUACCUGGACUGUGAUGACCAGUCACUGACAGUCCUGGACUGUGACAACAACCAGGUAAUGUACACUGUCAGUGGUGUAGUCGUCACAGAGCCUCUCGUGCCAUGGGUUUGGUUUUAUGUCGGGUCUAAAUCUGGAUCUGGAUCUGCGUCUGCUCGUCUGGUAACGGGGGACUCUACAACUCUGCCUCAAGUUCUCUGUGAUAUGAUAAGCACUUCCUGACCAUCGGGUAAUUAUUCAUUACAUCUUUUCCAGCAUGUUAUAAUUUGUUUCAAAUAGAGUGGUUAAUUAUGUCUCUUUGAACAAAUUUUUGGGUAUAAAUGUUUUAGUUAAUGUCAGCAGUGUGGCUAAUUCAGUAAUCUGUCACAAGCUUACAGCUUGGUGUAGUUGUACACACUCUGUCUGACUUGUCCUGAACAUCAGUGUCAGGUUUCUUCCAGACAAAAUACAUGUAGAUAAUGACUGGGUAGUUUUAGUUUUAGUAAUUGAGAUUUGUGAGAAAGCGACUGAGGGUAUAAAGGAUUAUUUUUCUUACCAUGAUCGGGCCGGUAUGUCAUAACUCAGGAGUGGUUUCAGAUUAAAUCGUCAAAAAAGAUCAGAUCAGAUUGGCGUUGUUGUUGCAGCACGUUACACAAGACAAUUCUGUUUUGAAUGAUACUAGCGAUGUUUGUUGAGAGAAAUAACCCAUAAUUUGUAAUGGGUUUGAGAAUGAUUACCUGGCUGAAAGGCAUUGCAUAACUAGCGACAACAAAUGAAAAGAUCACAUGGAUGAGUACUGGUAGAGCUUUUGGCACUUGACCUCAGAUGCAGAUUGGGCUAGAACAGGUUGGUUGGAUAAGCUACAUGUAGUCAUCUUGGUUGUGUUAUGUAACUUGGAUGUAAGUUUCGGAUAAAAAUGAGAGAAAAACAUAACCUGUGGGCCAUUAUUUAAUUAAAGUGAGUGCAAUCCAACCAGCCCUCCAAUAAAGGGCCUACCUGAAAGGGUGUUUUUCUUAUAAUAGAAGUUUCAUUACGCAGAAUAUACAAAAAAUCCCUAUUGACCGACCCUAUUUUGUCUCCAUGAUGAGGUUAAUCCCAUGCUGAACAAGGACUGUGUUUAGGAUGCCGUUGUCAGCUAUAAGUUUCUCGUUUUCUGUAUGUUUCUCUGUUUUUCAACUUAGUUUAUUCAAACAUUGGCGUUCUUAACACUUUGUCAUGAUCUGGGCAUAGUUUGUGUAUCUCACAUGUUAACAAUAGUAAACAUUUUAAGCUGUUUAUCAGAUUUUUAUCUUCACUAUAAACACAGUGACAUUUACUGGACUAUUUGUGUUUAUUGAAUACAUCUACCACAUUACGAUGUAAACAUCUGGCAUUUUUUCUAUAAUAAACACUUAUGUCUUACUUACCAAACAGUUUUUUGAUGAAUAAAUACCAGUUGGCAUUAAUCCAAACUGUAAUAAAACUGUGUUUAAAAACACUUAUUUUUAUGAUGUACUGUAAAUCGUUAACCUUUUUAGCCUCUAAAAGUGUUUUCUGGAAUCUGUGCAUAUAUUUAUUAUGAAAGUGAUGUUAAAAUGAUUUGUUUGUGUCACUCAAGAUGUAAGCUUCAUAAAACUGUGCCAAUUAUUUAUCUACACUCUGUAGUUCUCUGACAAUAUUUCAAAUUAUCGGUUAAAGAGGUGGCUAAAGAGGUUGAAGAGUUUAUAGUAAGCUACAUGAGGAAGGCUGAAAAAAUUAGGGUAAGCGAUAUGAGGAAGGUUGAAUAAUUAGGAUAAGAAAUAUAAGGAAGCAUACCACAGAUAUAUUUUAUGGAUAUGACUUUUUUUCCUUUAAAUGAAUUUUACAUGUUAGUGCUGUGAUAUGACAUGUGACAUGUAUUAUUGUAUUCACUGUCCUGUAAGCAUUAGGCCCACAUUGUGAUAUUUUCUAAUACAUAGUUUCUAAAAACAUUGAUUACUUUACUUGAGGAAGUGGCUUUAUCCCCAGUACUGUUACUAGGACAACCUGUGGUCAAGAUUAUGAGGUCACUGCACCAUUUUAUCAGCUUGCUGUUAUUUUGAUGCGAGUUGUUGUUGUAUUCAUAUAUGAUUCGGUGAUGUUUUGCCAUUAUCUGCCUUUUGUGUUCACACUUCUGAAACGUAUGCUUAAUAAAAAUAAGUGAUUGUGUAAUGUG